AUGGCGCCCGCGAAAGAUAACGAGGGCUUCCCAACCGGCGUGACGGAACGCAAUGAGCGAGGAUGGCCGGUCGCCGACGCGGAUGGUUUUCGUAUCCUUGACCAGCCAUAUGACACGAGGCGCAAACUGCGCGUGGUCCAUAUCGGUGGUGGCGCAAGUGGAAUCUGCUUCUCAAAGUUUGCCGAGCAGCGCCUCAAGAAUGUUGACUUGCAGAUAUAUGAGAAGAACAAAGACGUCGGUGGAACUUGGUUAGAGAACAGAUAUCCUGGCUGUGCAUGCGAUAUUCCCUCGGCAUCUUAUCAAUUUACCUGGGCAAGGAACCCAAAUUGGUCACAAUACUAUUCCGAGAGUCCUGAGAUCUGGGCCUACUUCAAGCAGGUUGCGGUUGAUCACGAUCUUCUGAAAUACAUGAAGUUCGAGCACGCCGUCACCGGCGCUUACUGGGACGAAGGCAGAGGCAAAUGGGAUGUCCACGUUCGUGGUCCAGACGGAGCUGAGUUCAAGGACACAUGCGAUGUUGUCAUCAAUGGCGGAGGUGUGCUGAACAAUUGGAAGUGGCCUGACAUCGAUGGCUUGCACAGUUUCAAAGGCGUCUUGACUCACACAGCUCGAUAUGAUACUUCUCUCGACCUUACUGGUAAGCGAGUUGCAGUCAUCGGGGUUGGCUCCUCUGGCAUCCAGGUGGUGUCCAAAAUCGCACCUCAGGUCAAACAAUUGUACACGUGGAUCCGAUCGCCCACCUGGAUCACUGCAGGCUUUGCGCAAAGGUUCGCUGGUCCCAAUGGAGGUAACUUCAAGUACACUCCAGAGCAGCAAAAGCUGUUCCAAGAUGACCCAGAGCUGUUUCUUCGAUACUCCAAAAUGAUCGAGAGCGAGUUGAAUGUCCGAUUCAAGUUCAUCCUCAAUGGAACUCCCGAGGCCGAAGCGGCCAAAGAGUUUGCGGCCAACGAGAUGGAACAGAAGCUCGGUGGCAACAAAGAGUUGAUGGAAGCCAUGAUUCCCAAGAAUUUUGGCGUUGGCUGCCGGAGACCGACUCCUGGCAACGGGUUCUUGGAGGCGCUGAACCGUGAAAAUGUCACCAUGUUCACUAAGGAAAUGAAAUCGAUAACAGAGAAGGGUUUCAUCGCUGCUGAUGGGGCGGAGCAUGAAGUGGACGUUAUCAUCUGUGCUACCGGGUUUAACACAUCGUUCAUUCCGGUUUUUCCAGUUGUGGGGAGAAAUGGUCAGAGCAUCGCAAAGAUGUGGAAGGACGAGCCGAGCAGCUAUCUUUCCAUCGGUGUUCCGCACAUGCCGAAUUAUUGGAUGAUGGUUGGACCAUAUGGUCCUCUCGGCCAUGGCAGCUUCCUACCGAUCGUGGAGAACCUGGCUGGAAACAUCAUUCAGUGCAUAUCCAAGAUGCAACGAGAAUGCAUCAAAGCAAUGGCGCCAAAGGAAGACGUCACCGAUAGCUUUGCGAAGCACGCCAAACUCUUCUUGCAGCGCACAGCAUGGACACAGGCCUGUUCGAGCUGGUUCAAACAGGGUCGGGUAGAUGGACCACUGCCAAUGUUUCCGGCGUCUCGGCUCGUUUAUAUGGAUCUAUUGCGAGAUCCACGCUUCGAGGACUAUGAGAUCACGUACGAAGGUAACCAUGAUAUCUGGAGAUUUCUCGGAACGGGUUUCGCAACCAGAGAGUUCGACGGGCGUGACCUCAGCUAUUACCUGGGCUUGCUUGAUGGGAAGGACGAACAGGAAGAUCUGGAAGCCGACCUACAUGGGAAGCUCGCCGAGCUAGUACCAUAG